UGUCUCUAAUUAAAUAAUAUUAUUGUUGCAGUCAUUCUAUCCACCCUCGAUUUCAAAUAUGGCUUCAGGCUGUGCAGCGCGGGGGAACCUGGUUACUUGGACUUUGACAAUUUGCCUGAAACCAACUUUUCGUGUCAGGGGAAGGUGAUUGGAGGAUAUUAUGCAGACGUUGAGGCAGGGUGCCAAAUGUUCCACGUUUGUACCAUCGGUCAAAAAGAUGAAAUAAUGGAUAUAAAAUUUCUCUGCUUAAAUGGGACUGUUUUCGAUCAAGAAACAAGAGUAUGCGAAAGAGUAGAUGAAGUCGAUUGUAGCAAAAGUGAACGGUUUUAUAAUCUUAAUCUUGAACUUUAUGGAAAUAAUGCUGUGCCUUUAAGCCUUCAAGAAGAAGAAGUUGAAGAGUCAUCCGAUUUUCAAGAUGACAACCAACAAAAUCAUAUGCCUCCUUCGUAUUCAAGUACAACCACUACGACAACAACUACAACUCCAAGGCCUCCUCCACCGUCUACAACAUCAGCAAAUAGUCUUUACGAUCCACAACAACUAAAUGGUUUUGCUCAGCCUUAUCAACCACGACCAAAAUUCCCCAGUCAGUCAACUCAAUCGAAUCAUUAUGAUGAUAAAAAUAAUGGCUAUCAUCAUCAAUACAUUUUCCAUAACGAUGAAAGAAGUAACAAUAACAAUCAGGCAACUUCCUUUCAAUUAUUUAGCAAUCAAGGUGUUAGUUCGACAACUUCUAGCCCUCCUGUGCAUCAGCAGGUUCGAUAUAAUUCUCCAUCCAAUUCUCAAGUAAAUCAUAAUGAGCAAUCAACAUCAGAACCACUGCAAUACCAUGUGCAAACUACAGCAUUGCCAAUUCAAACGCUCGUGAAUAAUAACGCUAAUAAUCCAUCUCAAAUCAAUCAAAUUUUUCACAAUCAUGGUAUAGCCAGUACGACUGAACACUACGAUCCUCAUAACAGUAAUAAUCAUGACAUCGAUGAUGAUUAUGAGGACAGUUUGGAGCAAGAAGAAGAAGACAGAACUGAAAGAAGACGCUUGGAGCCGUUGCAAUCAACCAGUCAAGGAAAGGUUUCAAAGUUGAUGAUACCUUCGGUACAGCAACAAGAAAAUCGUCCAUCGAAUCAACAGGAACAGCAACAUCAGCAUCAACAACAGCAACAGAGAUUAUCCGUCAACUAUUUGCCGAGUUCAAAUUCUCAACAGACGACGAUAAGUGGAUUUUACCCAACUCAACGAUCAAUAUCAGGAAAAUCACCAAAAGUGCAAAAUCCAAACCAACAAGUAACACAACACAUUCAUAUUCCACCAUCACCAUCCAUACCUCAGUUAAAAUCACAUCAAAUAACGAUAAAUCUUCCUCCACCUCCAGACAUUCAACGGAUUGUACAAAACCCAUCACCCUUAUUACCAUCACAGUCGCGGGUAAUUGUAACGGCGAAGGCAAGUGUUAGUGAUGAGUCGGGUCGCCCUUUGAAUACCAGCGAAUUGAUAACUCUACCUAUACCUACAGUACCUUCAAACUACGACGAUUAUAAGGAAGGCGACGAAUCAUUCGAUCCUUUUUAUCGUGAUGUGCCGAAAGUUCGUGAUGAUCGUCGCAUAUUGGUAAGUAGACGAGCUGAGCAAAAUGAACGGCAUUUUAGACAGAGACGCUCAAUUGCUCGAACAGCUAAAGUUAAUAAUAACUCUUCAGAUGAAGUUAUCUUUAAUGCAGAAAUUCGAGAUUUUACCGAUCUCAAAGCUAAUCUACCGAUUAUCAAAGCCAUUUUGUUUGGAGAACCAUUGCCCGAACAAGAUCAUGAUGACGACCGGAAGAAAAUUGAUUCUGAUUCAGAGUAUUCUGAUAAAAACUUGAAUCAUUCUAAACUCGAAUAUGAUACUGAAGUCGAUUACGAUUUUGAAGAUUCCGAUCAGAUCGGUGUUGAUGAAACCGAAAAAGAAUCUCAAAAUAGUGAUAACUCGGAAAAUAUCAAAGAAAACAAAAGACCAAGGUAUCACACAAUUCCUGAAACAACAACAACGACAGGGAGAAUAGUAAUUCCAAGUAGAAUCCAAGGUGAAAAUUUACGUUUUGUUACAAAUCGACAUAAGUAUAUUCAAUUACCGAAUGUGUCAACUAAUCGUCCAGAAUCCAUGAAUCCAGUAAUUUUAAAACCUGAAAAAAUAGAUUCAAACCCAAAAGAAACAAUUCAACUAUAUUUGCAUUCAAAAAAUCGUAAUAAUUCUUCAAUGAAUAGACACAGUUUUCAAAUGAAAAAGGGCAAUUCCACAAGCAGAACUAAUGAUAUUAAUAGCAAAGACCAGGUUAAGGAAUUUGAAUCGACAACUACGAAAACGACUUUCACAACAACCACUCAACAAGCAUCAGAAUAUGAAGAAGAUAUCGUACAACCACAUCAACCUAAAAAAAGUAGUCAUAGCAGUAAUUCAAGACCAUUAAGGUAUUAUGAUGAUGAUGAAUACGAUGUGAAUGAAAGAACUGAAUAUAAUCCCAGGUCGAGAUCAAAUAGAUUAAGACAAAGAUCAAAAGAUAGACGUAAUUAUAGAAAUGAUUAUGAUGAUGAUCUGGAUGAAAGGACAGGUUACGAUGUUGAUUACAUGAGGCCUCGUCAAAGUCACUCUCGGAGACGUCCUCAAGAUCGAAGAACAACGUACAGAAAUUACCCACGGCAAUACGAGUAUGACGAUGAAAAUAAUGAAGAAAUCGAUAAAUCAAGACUACGUGUAAAUGAAGAUACUUCUGAAAUUCGUGAAAAUACCCGUUCAUAUCACAGAAAUCAUGCAGAUGAGAGAAGAAGAAAUCCAGCGCCAAUUAACAGAAAAAAUGGGCGAAAACGACCUAUAGCUACAGAUCAUUCAGAUCUUCUUAAUAAUACAAAGUCUUCCGGAACCGAAAUUAUCGAAGAGCUGUAUACGACUGAAUCAGUAGAAAUUUCUCAGCCCACUGUGUCGAAUAAAAAUGGUAAAAUAUAUAUAAAUCAGCGACGGCGAGGAAGUGAACCAAGAGAUCGCAUGAAAGAAUAUUAUGAUUAUCCCAGAGAAAGGUACGUUCCAGACUUUACUGAUCUCGAAGAAGAUGAAUACGCUGAUUACGCUGAUGAGCACGAUCGAAUAAGCAAAUCUAGAAUAAAUAAUCGAAAAAGUAGAAAUAGAUAUGACGAAGAUCGAGGAACUACUUCGAGAAAAAAAUCAUACAGGCGAGAUGAAAAUGAUCGUUAUGAAGAUGAAUCAGAUGACAAGAUUUCUUACGAAACCAUAGAUACAACGACAAUGAAACUAGCAAAAUCUGAUAUUGGAUCAGAAGACGAUACCACAGAUUAUACAGAAAAUCCAACAGUAUCCAAAGAUUAUGAUGAUUAUGAGUUCAAGACGACCCCGAAAUUUGACGAUGAAAAAAUUACUACGGAAUCGCCUGUGACUUCAGGUAUUUUAAAAUACACCAAUGAAAUGCCUCGAGCUGAAAUUAACGACGAAAAAGAUGACAUCGGCCUAAAAGAUAUCAUAAAUUCAAAUCAAGAGGACUAUGUAGAUGAUAACUAUGAGCCCGAAAGUUAUACUGAAAAUCUUGCUAAAGAUUCACCAUCAGAAAAGCAUGAAAAAGAAAUAGAAAAAGCUAAAGCACAACCAAAAAUCAUAAGUAGAGAAAAUGAAAAUCGUUCUCCUAUAAAAUCAAACCAAGAUAAAAUCAUACAACUCAGAACUACGACACAAAAAAGUAAAAUUCAAGACCCUGAAGAUAUCAUUAAUGAAGAAUAUGACGAUGAUUAUGAAGAUAAUUUAGAAACUACGAUAAAACCAAUCAUUGAAGAUGGAAAUUCGAAGAAAAUUCUGGCACAUAUUACAACAACGCCCUCGAGUUUCAAGUCUCCUGCUCCAGUCACGAUGUUGACAACAAUCAAAUCUUUGACAACUUUGGAACCGCUCACAUCUACAUCACCAUCAACUUCAACACCAAAACCCUCUACAACAUCGACUUUGACUCCGAUGACAAUUUCAACCACUUCGGAAUCUACAACAACAAUUGUCUCAGAAAUAUCGUCGACAACUACCGAUGCAACAAAAAGUUCAGCAAAAUUAUUAAAUAGUCCAAGAUAUAUUUCCACAACUACAUCUACGGUUCCGACUAGCACAUUAUCAGCACGAAAAUUGCAGUUUAAUCCAACAAGAAGUACAUCAAAAUUAUACAGAUCAAAACCUACUAUGAGAUAUUUCAAGCCAACUAUUUCAAGAAAAAAUUAUACAUUUAAGGCCCCUACAACACCAAAGGUAGUAGCAUUAAGAAGACAAUUAUCAAUAGGUUCUAAAUCGACCAAAGCACCCGUUAUAAGUGAGCUUCCGGGGAAAUCAUUGAUCCGAAGAUUACCUCUAUUGUCUAGAACUACUACAACAACAUCAAAAGCUAUCACUAUUGAAGAAGAAAGUAUUAUUUCAACUGAAUACGAAGGCGAGGAGAAUAAAAAAGGUUUCAAAAAAUCAGGAUCUUCCCCAGUUGUUCCUGGCAUUCCUGCAAUUCCAACAACUGUCAAAGAAGAAGACAGCGAACCGCACAGAAAUUUUGUUCCAACACUGCCAUCGAAUCAAUACCAAAAUUUGACGCAAUCAAGUAAUGACAGUAUUCAAUCAAGUUCUAUGCAGCAGAAUUCGAAUGCAAAUGAAUCAAACAACGUUCCUCAAGAUGCAAUCAACUCACAGCUUAUCGAAUCUACGGCGGCAAAACCAAUUUUAUCAUCUUUAGGAACAAAAAUACUUCAGACUAGUUCAACAACUCCAAGAUCCUUCAGACGUCUCACUAGAAGAAGAAAAGUACCGAACAGAGCUCAUGAUCAAACUAGCAGUACAACUUCUAAGCCCUUGCCUGGUUUUAACUGUUUAGAUAAAGAAAUGUAUCGAUUUUAUAAGGACGAAAGAGAUUGCCGCUUGUUUCAUUAUUGUUCUCCCGGGUUUACACCCCAACAAGUCUUAGACUUUAGGUUUGUGUGUGAAGACGGCACUAUAUUCGAUGAAGAACUCCAGAAGUGUCAUCUUGAUGUAAAUAAUCCUAAAUGUAUGAGGAGGGCAUGGUAA